AGCAAACAUGGAUUGGGACUUGAAAUACGGCGAAUUAGCGAAGGAUAAAGACUUCGUUAACAACUGCGAGAGCCUCAAGGAGAAUUUAAUGGAAGUACAAGAGGUACUAGACCAAUUGUUACCCCUUAAAGAACACUACGAUAAGAUGACACUGCCCUCACAAAUUGAACUCGAUUUAUUCUUGGCGUUCACCUUGAAUUCACUUCAUUGGAUUCAUUUGAGGAUACAAGGCAUCGACCCGACGAAACACCCGAUCAAAGAUGAACUCCAAAGAAUAAAAGCUGUGAUGUUGAAAUGGCAAGAAGUAAAAGAUCGAGAAAAGCGGCCAGUUGUGGACGUAGAAGCUGCAAAGAGGUUUAUCAAGAGCGGGUUGUAUGAUCCAUAUAAAGCUACAGCAAGACCACCUAACAAGAAGAUAAAAUUCUCUGAUAAUGAUGAAUGAAUGCAAAUCUAUAAUCCAAAAUCAUUUAAGACUGAAAAUCAGGUUCCAUGAGAGUAAACAUGAAGCUCUCAGUAUAUCAAUCAUCCAGUCAGUCAUUACUUCAUCACCACUCACCAGACAUUAUUCACCAUGAAGAUAAUCAAAUGAGUUCCAGUUCCACCUCCAAUUAGUAGAUAAGUAUUUAGCUGUAAUGUUAUUCUAGAUUGCCAAUAUGUUACUUGUGUUCAUAGAUGUAAUAUACUAAACAAGAUUGUGCACGCUCAAAAUAUAUAUUUACGAAAAUGAACUCUAUUCCAACGCAA